AGACAUAUCUCGCGACAUAUCCCCGUCCCAACAACCCCGCGCACACCGGCUACCUAUCUUUCAUUGCACGUACGCGCGCGGGGGGGCAACGCGGGAGGGGUCGCGCGGAGCCAUCUUGCCAUCGGCCGCCGAUCCGAGCGCGUCUCGCGACCCAGCGCUCAUAAUUCGCACUAAUUACCCACCAAAACCAGUGAAAAACACACAAAAACUAGUGUUUUAUAGUGUAAAAGUGUUGUGUUGUGCUCUCGGAUUGUUCGUGUGAAAGAUACCGGAUGCGGGAUGUGUCAGUGAUCAGUGUAGUGGUGUGUGUGCGUGAAAAUGUGUUGUGUGUGUGUGAGGAGCCGGCGCAGAGCUGAAUGAUCGCUUCCAUACAAGACGCGGUAUGGAGAAGGAGAAUGGGGAAGGCGGCGACGCCGGCAAGCCGCCGCCCGACGGGCUGCUCGACGCCGCGGGGCUCUUCGGAGCAUACUGGGGCCGCGACGGCGCGGGCGGCGCGGCGCAGGCCCAGGCGCAGGCGCAGGCCGCGCUGUUCGGCUUCGGCGGGCGCUACCCCACCCCGCAGAGCUCGCUCGGCGGACACAGCCAGGCGUCCUUCCAUCCUGCGGCCAGUGCAGCUUGGUGGUCCAUGGCGUCUCACCUAGCGGCCCAAGACUAUCUGGCUAGAAUACAGGCCUCUGGUCUGGGGUUCGGCGGGCCGCUUGGAGACCCUUACUCGGCGCUGUCUGCGUUAUCAGCCAAGCCUGGCAAGGGCAAGCCGCAGCAGAGGAAUGAAAGGUCAGGGCGGAGUAGUACAUCAUCGAGUGCAUCGACGAAGGAGAAGAGUCCAUCCACCAGCAACUCGCAGCCGAGUAUGAGUGAGUGGGGAACAUCAUACGGCUUUCCAAAGACGUCCUCCCCCUCGACGAUGCAUUCGCAUUCCCAAGCGAUGUCCAGCUUGGCUUCCCUAAACAGCUUGGCGUCCGCCCCGCAUCAAGCCAAGCCGAGCAAGCAUCAGCAAAGCCAGCCCCGCAAAUCGUCGUCGUCCUCGUCGUCGACGACGUCGUCGAAAGGCAAGGAGCGCGAGCUGGCGCUGCUGCGCGGCGACCUCAUGCUGGCGCAGGCCGCCGCGCACGGCGCCUACCACGCCGCCGUCGCCGCCGCCGCCAAGGGCAAGAACAUGUCCCAACUGUACCCGUUCGGUAUGCCGGGCUCCGACAAGGACCGGCACGGGGCCAUCGACUCCCUGACCGGCCUGCCUCACAAUAUACUUAGUGCUGCAUUGGAGGGGGGUGAUCCGUCAUCGGUGUUAGGCGGGGUAAGACUUCCGCCCGAUACAGAAAUUAUCAAAUACACCUCCUCGCUAACAGGGCCUAAGGCGCCGCCAGGGACGACUAAUCGGGGACGCAAGAAGACGAUAUCCCUGGACCCGCCGCAAGUGUCCGUCCAUCCGUCCACGGAGCGAGGGGCGCCGCUCCCUAGCAAACGGCAGAAAGUGGACGACUACGGCAACUCGCGGUCAUCGGUCGAAGUGAUCCGGUUGCCGAACAAGCCGGACCGUGCCGGACACCGGACGGACAGUCCGGCCAACCUUGCUGACUAUGCGGGUAUAUCCCGUGAGCUGCUACAGACGAUUGCGAGUCAGAGCGGCGUCAGUUUAGCGGCCCUGGAGAGACAGCUGGCUGGCUCCACCGCUGCCGCAGAUUCCGGUCUUAAUCUAAGCACAAAGUCGAAUAACACGAGUACGGAGGACUCUCCGCUGGAUCUCGGACUAAAGACUGGCGGAGAUGAAGACGCUCCGCUAAACCUCUCCCUCAAACCCACGCCUCGUAAGUAUACUCCAUCCGGUCUGAUAUAUCACACAAAGUGGAAUAACACGAGUACGGAGGACUCUCCGCUGGAUCUCGGACUAAAGACUGGCGGAGAUGAAGACGCUCCGCUAAACCUCUCCCUCAAACCCACGCCUCCGAGUACGCAAGCGUCCGACGCGUUAUCGCGUCUCACGUCGCUCAGCAGUUCGCUCAGCGCGUCCUCGAGCAACGACAGGAUAUCACGACGAAAGCCGGGCGCGAAGCCUCGUCGCGUGGUGCCCGAGCUCAACUCCCAGGUCGCAGACUCCCCCAGACCCAAGUCCAGUGGGAGCGAAGACAGUGAAUCUGUCGGCUGGCCGAACCGCGAGGGUCGACCGCGGAACCUCGGCCGUGGAGUCAGCAAACCCAAGAAAAAUACAGUGGCUUCCCUGCUGGCGCAGAGCAGAGCGCUCGGCCUAAGGCCCGCGUUGGCUCAGCAGCUACUGGCUGAGACUGACCUGGAAAAACUGAAAGCUUUACUCGGCGAGGCUGCGAGUACGGACAGCGAGUGUCCGUCCGACAGCUGUCCGUCAGAUUCCGACACCAGCGAGUCCAGUCGGCUGCAUGACUCGUCUUACAGACUGCCGCUUGCUAGAGGCUGGAAACGAAUAACUGUGAUCAAAGGCCUCUCCCGCAACUGCAAUAUAAAGGGUGACGUCACAUACACGCCUCCCGAACCACAUCAGGGCAUGAAUAUUAAAAGCAUGCAAGAAUUACAAACAUUCCUGGAUUCGAACCCGCAACCGCCUCUAACGACGGAACACUUCAGCUUCAGCGCGCGUUUAAUACUUGGAGAAUAUAUCCAACCGGCGCCGGAGUUGCCCGAGCCCCUGCUUUUUAGCGAGCCAGAGAUUAAUAAGAGAUUGGAGGAAGCAAGGGCGCUAGCAGCCCUAACGGGCCCACGGCCAACACCGCCGCCUGUCGACCGCAGAAUAGAACUAGCGAGGCGGCAGCAAGCGGCACGCGACGCCCGCAGAGAUGCAAACUCGCGUUCCCGCGAUCAGGCGCGACUAGUCAGAGAGCUCGAGCGAACAGAAAAGGCUGAGCUUGCCAAACGCGAGAAAGAGGCGCGGAGCGCACAACUACUAGAGCAUAUCAACAAGAACCGAACGCAGCUUACCAUCGAGCCGCUACCGAAAACCGAUACCGAAUGGAAAAUACCGGAUCUAGUGAUGGGCCCGGCUACCAAAACCAGUAAAGACCGAACCAUGCCGCCUAUAAGUCUAUCUUUGAUACCUGUCUCUGGUAAAGAUAGUCACAAUACACCGAUAAAGUUAAAUCUAGAACAAAGCUGGAAAGACUCUGUAGAAUACAACGCUUUAGACAAAAUGAAGGAUUUCGCCGAAAAGGCCGCUUUCGAUCUGCCUAAAAGUUCUAAACAAAACUUCGAUUUCUCUCUAUUGAAAACGCAAGAGAAAAAAACGAAAACGUCAGACAAAGAGAACAGUCUAGAAAAACUGAUAGAAUCCUAUUCAAGAAUAUCGGAAUUCAUAAACGGCUCCGAUUGGUUGAAACUGCAGGACAAGAGAGACGACACGAAAACGCUAGAACAGAAAUAUAUUGACGCUAAAAACGAGUUCAUGUCGCAGAACUUAAUGUUAAUGCCUAAAAAGACUGUAAAAGAAGUGAUAGAUAUAAGCGAGGACGAUGAACUCACAGAAUUGACAAAGAGAAUAAAUAAAGGUACCAUAAAUGUCGGGAAAGAUGGAGAACUGUCGAUUUCGGUACAUAAUUUCGGAAAGGAAGUUUCGGCCAAAAGGCGAAAACAGGAAGAGAUUGAGAAACAGAAAGUCGAGGAGCAAGUCAAAAAACAACAGGACAGGGAAAUAAAACGGCAACAGGCCAUGCUUCUCAAAGAGCAGCAAAAGUAUAUAACUGAGGAAAGAGAGAGACGGCGACAACACACGACGUUCAUCCGUCAACUGGACUCGCGAAGGAGAUGGGAGGAGCGAGAGAGACGGAAACACCAGAAUUUACUAGACAGGCUGCUGGCGAAAGAGAAGAAGUUACAGCAGAGGAAGAAAGAGAUGGAACUACUCGCUGAACUAAGACGACCUCAAGAAGACUCCACACUAUCAGAUCAGAAGCCCCUCCCUACCCUAAAUCGGGUCCCUGGCUUGAAACUCCCUGGACAGGCCAUGGCGGAUCUGCUCCAAGCGUUCGAGUUCAUACACAACUUCGGGCAGACGCUAGGAUUCGAUGUGGAUUCGAUCCCAUCAUUGAACACUUUGCAAGCGGCGUUGCUGCCUGCAUGCAGUCCUGAAGUUGAACUCGAAUUGAUGCAAGUUCUGACGCAUCUCCUAGUUUGUGCUAUUGAGGACCCCGGUAUUCCGCACCCAGGCCGCCACACAACUUUGCUAGGACACGCUCUACGUAUGGGCGACAUCACGGAGCACAAUCUCAGUGAAGUUCUCCGUAUAUACCUGUAUGCCAACGCGACAGGCGAAGUCAAAGCUUUGACUGGUCUAUCUGCGGAACGGGAGAGAGAGCGGCGAGUGGCGGACCACCAUCAAACUGACGCUGAAAUCCAACAAACUGUCUCAACCACGAAGAAUGGUGCUUACUACGAACAUCUGCACAACAACAAUACAUAUAAACUGUCUGAGGCCCUCCGUGACAAGCCAUUCCUAGCCCUAAACGCGACAACCAAGUCCGCCAUCUUGGCGUUCCUAUGCAACGAGCUGCUGCAGAACAAAUCUGUGUUAAGACAGAUCGACGGAGCCCUAGAUCACCUGAAUCAGCUGAAGAAAGAGCGGUACCUUAUGGACAUGAAGAUAAGGAAAGUACGAGUCCUCCACCAACGCAAGCAGCGAUCCGAGCAGACUGAGAAACAACAAUUACUUGCAUUAGAAAGAAUGCAGCGCCUUGUAGAAGAGAGUACGGCUAGUCUUAGUCGCGCUUCGCCACAAUCACAUGAGGAUGAGCAUGCGACCCCCGAAAAAGACCGCAAAGAAGACGAUAAAGAAUCCACCCCCGACAUCGCCCCCUCCCCCUACAAGGAGGAUAGCGACAAAGACCUCUCCCCCCUCAAAGACGCGAAGAAGGAGCUGAUGAAUAAUAAUAAGGAGGAGUGUUCGCCGCAGGACAAUAAGGUGGAUAAGGACAGUGUGAUGGGGGAUUGUGAUGCGAUCCUGAGCGAUUUGGAGAGUGAGGGGACGCAGCCGGAAGAGGACGAAGACAAGAACUUAUCUGCAGAAGAAUUAUCCCGGAAACUUGAGAAAUUACUGCGACAAUCAGAGCAACAGCUUCAACAGCUCGCGGCUGGUUCGCAUGCUCUGAGGGCCACGUGCUACGGACAGGACAGAUAUUGGCGCCGGUACUGGUCGCUGGGCAAGUGUGGCGGCGUCUUCGUAGAGGCGAUGGAGUCGGCGCAGCCGGAGAUCAUGGACUACCACUUCGCGCUCGAGGAGAGGGCGCGGAGGCCCGCGGAACUUAGGAGAGUAAAAGAAUGCAAAGAAAUUCAAGCGGACGUGCCCGACCUCGCCACCGAGGCCCUCAAGAAGGAAGAGGCCCUUAAGAGCGAACUUGAAUUGAAAAACAUCAAGUCAGAGCUGAAUCUCAGCGACCACACGCAGAUCAUCAAAUAUGAGCCCAAUGUCAAACAUGGAGCGUGCAAGGUCGAAGGGUCAAUCAAAAUGGAAGAGAAGUACAUCCAGCAUAAGCAGACGAACGAGGAAGAGAUGCUAGACAUUGAGGACUCCAUCCCGACGGCUUUCCUCGUCCAGAAACCCACACAUACCCCCAUGUUCGCUGCUCAACCGGAAGCUGUAGAUAAGCCACAGGAAAUCGUCAAAGUAGAAAAUGUAGUCAAAAAAGAGGUCGAAAAAGAGGAGCCGGAAGAACAAAAAGACCAACUAGUCAACAAUUUGGAAGAGCUCCGCAAACUGGCCGAAGCGGUGUCUUCUCAGCUCGACGCCGCUAAAAAAGCGGAGGAAAUUAAGGAAGAAAAAAAGGAGAUUAUAAAGGAAGAGGUUAUGGAGCCUGACGCUGCACAUAGAUAUUUAUAUACUAAAAUGUUGGAAGGCAAAUGGUUCUCUAUAUUAAGACAUGAAAACUCCUUUUUGAUUUCCGAAGAGAAAGAUCAGAAAGUCUACUGUGACAAUGAACAUUCCUGCUCGGAAAUUAUCAUGUCACAAGGGCACAAAUGGGAUGUGUCUAAUAAUCUACAUUUACUGAAUGAUCCUAGUUUAUUCACGUUGAAUAGUAUGGUGACGAGCGUUCAGGUGCCGAGUAAUAAUGUGUACGCGGAUUCUAGUAUGUCUAUGUCUGGGUUGGAUCAGGAUAUGCUGGAUGCAAGUAAGGAGGGUAUUUUGGGAUUUUGGGAUGUUAAGGAGGAUAGUAAACAGGAUCAAGAACAGGACAACGACCUAGAAAAGGAACUCCAAGCCGACGCCCUAAAACACGACAUGGCCUCCCAAAAGGCAAAGGCCUCCUCCCUCACCUCUCUCGGCCUCCUCAACUUCAACGCGCUAUCAACUUAUGUGACGUGCGACAGUCCGCCGCCUAUUCAGAUGACUGCUGACGAAAUGCAACAGCUAGACAAAUGUAAAGUUCAUGGAUUGCCGAAGAAGCAGGGAGGCGCUUUCGUACCUAGAGAAUUAAGACACGGAUGGUGGCGUGUCACAGAUCCUGACCAACUGAAGGAGUUGAUAGAUUCCCUGCAUCCGCGCGGUGCGAGGGAGAAAGAACUACAGGCUUCACUCGUGCAGAAUACACCUAUGAUAAAUAAUAAGCUAUACAUAGACAAAGGUGACGCGUCGUGCACAGAAUUAUCCAUCACCCCCCUAGACCGAGCCAUUAUGGCGUCCGGAGGGUACCCACCCCCUGAACCUCCAGGGUCCUUCUGUGCGGUCACGGCGAGACGCUGCGACAUGCAGUUACUUGGCAUGGUGGAACAAUUAGAAGAACGGGUCGCCGCCGCAUCAAUGCAGGUCCCCGGCUGGCGUCCCUCCCGCCUGGCGUUACCCGAGGAAGCCACCGGCGCCGAAAUAGUAGCCAGAGCACGGCAUAAGUUGGCGUCACUAGAGGCACAUAUCGAGAGGAGAUACCUCAAGCCACCUUUGGUACAAAGGUAUGCUAGUAACUCGGACGCUAGUCUCGGCGCGGCGCGGCAGGGCGAACACGGGAACGCGUCAGCCCCGUCACCUCACGACUCUGACGUCGACUCUAAACCUGAAACAAAGUCUCUAGCGCGCGGCUUAGCGACCUGGCGAGAAGCGGUCGCCCGGUGCAACACUUCAGCACAAUUAGCCAUGCUGGCGGCGGCGCUAGAGGCCGCCACGGCGUGGGACAAGAGCGUCAUGAAGGCGAACUGUCAAUUCUGCCUGCUGGGAGACAACGAAGAACAAUUACUGUUGUGCGAUGGUUGUGACAAAGGAUACCACACGUACUGCUUCAAGCCGAGCAUGGACAAGAUACCUGAAGGCGAUUGGUACUGCUGGGUGUGUGUGAACAAGGCCCGCGGCGAGAGAGUGUGCAUCGUGUGUGGUGGUGCGUGCCCUGGACGGACUAUCCCGUGUGCGUUAUGUGUGCGCGCCUACCACCACGACUGCCACUAUCCGCCAUUACCUAAGAACCCGCGAGGCAAAUGGUAUUGCUCUCAAUGCAUCUCUCGCGCUCCCCCCAAGAAGCCGCGCAACACGAAGAAAAAGGACAGCAAGCAUAAAGACGUGAACACCAGCGUCGAUGCUGAUCAGAAUAUGGUGCCUAGUCCUGCGCCGUCGCACGCGUCGACGUCGACGCUGGCCGAGGACGCGGGCGCCGACGCCGCGCCCGAGCCCGAGCCCGACCCGCCGCCGCCGCCGCCGCCGCCAGUGCCACCAGAUUUGCCGGAAGACGGACCUCCGCCGGAGAAACGACGCGCAUUACAAUACGUCGGCGGAAACGGAGCCUUACAGCACGAGACGGACAAUGUGGACGGAAUAGAGCCAGACGCAGAAAACGUGCCGCUGCUGUCUCGCGCGAAGAAAGAGAAGCACAACGCGAAGAAACUGCAGAAGGAACUGCAGUUUUGCAAGAAUUUACUCUACGAGAUGGAAUGCCACGAGCACGCCUGGCCGUUCCUACUUCCCGUCAACACGAAGCUGUUCCCCCAAUACAAGAAGGUCAUCAAAUGUCCCAUGGACCUCUCCACCAUCAAGAAGAAACUGCUGGACAACACGUACAAAUGUAAAGAAGAGUUCGCGUCAGACGUCCGCCUCAUAUUCAGCAACUGCGAGGUAUUCAACGAGGAUUACAGCCCGGUCGGUCGCGCCGGACACAACAUGAGGGAGUUUUUCGACACGCGCUGGGCGCAAAUAUAAAGAUUAUUGGCUAUGUGUGAAGUCGGUUGUGGGGGACAAGCGACGCCAACGCACGACUCGGUGAAAAUAUGAAUUUCCGUGGGACAUCAUACUAUUUGGCAGUUAUCAACUGUCUAAUAAGCGAUAUGACCCACACGGACGCCGCCACUGUCAUGCACGGAGCGAAUAGGCAUUCGGUAUACCAGAUAAAUGUUACUUUCACAUGGACAUAUAGGGAGCGUGCAGGAACUGUAGAGGGCAGCACAGGAGCCCCUUGGCGAAAAGUGACAGUGUGAAAUCAUAAUUUUCAAUUUAGGUUCGGCAACGCGCAUGUAACACUUCUGGAGUUGCAGGCGACCAUAGGCUACGGAGACUGCUUACCAUAACGCCGUAUGCUUGUUUGCCACCGACGUAGUAUAAAAAAUGUCAUCGUUAUAUGAUUAUGCUGGCCGAUAUUGGCCGGCCAAGUGACUGA